UUCAAAAAUCAAAACCAAAUAUUACAACUUUCCAAAAAAAUGGGAGAACUUCCUGGAGAGUUUUCAAAAUCAUUCAGAACACAAUAUAUUCAUCCAACUAUAAAUGAUAUUGACUAUGUAAAACAUUUACCGUUCAACCUUGAUAAAGGACCGUAUAAGUCUGAAGACCAUUAUUUAGACACACAAUUUCAUCUCUUACGUGAAGAUUUUAUUUAUCCAUUAAGAAAAGCUAUACAGUUUUAUCGUAAAAAUAAAACUACAACUGGCACUAAUCUGAUAUGCAGUAAUGUAUUGUUUGAUGGUUCUAGAGAGUUUUUUGCAAAUAAAUUAGGUUUUGUAUUUAAAUUUGAUCCCGUUGCCUACAACAUCAAUAUGUUUAUAAAUGGUUACUUAUUGCUGUUUUCUAAAGACAAUUUCAACACUUUCUUUGCUGGACUCGUGCUGAAAGAUGACACWGAAUACUUAAAAAAAGGGAUAAUUUUAAUAGAAAUGCUUGAUAAUAUUGACAUAAGACCAAAAACAAUUUUAUCAAUGGCACAGUUUGAACAAUUUUAUGUACCUUACAAUUGGACACUUAAAGCUCUUCAACAGAUGAACUCACUUCCAUUGAAAGAGUAUAUAGUUUUUGCCACAAACAAACACUGUKCACCUGAAUACCUCAAUGACAUUAAUUACCAAAAGUAUGAUAUUGAUGAUUACAAAUUUAAUAUUUUGAACAAUGAAGAAUGGCCUACAGAAACUUAUCUGCAACAAGAGAGCAGUCAGUAUGAAGCAUUUAAAGCAGCCUUGACCCAUAAAUAUGUUUUAAUUCAAGGUGUUCCAGGUUCAGGAAAAACAUUUAUUGGUCAACGAGUUGUAAAAGCAAUGAUUGAAAAUUUAUAUUUGACAGGGCGACUAAAUAAACCUAUUGCUGUGAUUUGUAAUAAUAAUCUCACAUUAGAUCAUUUUUUAGAAGGUAUCUUAAAAAUAACUGACAAGUUAGUCAGAAUUGGCAGUCAAUCAAAAUGUGAAGCUUUAAAGAAAUAUAGUUUAAAGAAGAUAGUAAAGCUUAACAAAUUAAAAAUAAAUAAUAUUUUAGAAAAAAAUUUAAAAGUUAAAGAGCAAGCYAUUUUAGAGUGCUGUGAGAAAUGUGACAAAUUAUAUUCAGGUAUUCUAGAUUGGAGUAUUUUGAAGACUGUGGUGCCAAAAUUAGCAUUCAACACUUUUAUAGAUUCUUGGGAUUUYCUCAACUGGUUAUUUCAUCCAUAUCCUGUGGAAAAGAUGUUUAAAAAAUAUAAAAUAGAUCACGUACAAUACCCUCAACAUUGUCUUAUUUUAGAUGAUGUAAAACAACGUUUGUCAGAAUUGACAGAACAAGUUACUGAAGGCAGUGAAUAUCACUCAUUAAAAAUCAAACAACAGUUGACCAUGCUGAAGAAAUUUUAUGAAUACUUUGAGUACAUGYUAUCUUUUGAUAACUCGGAAGAAACACCAAUUGUGGUUGAUGAUAUUCAUUUAAUUCCAGCUGAUCAAAGAUGGGUGUUAUACUAUAAAUGGGUCCAUAUAAUUGUUAAUGAAUAUAAGAAUAUUUUAAUUCCAACAUGGUAUGAAUAUAAUGACUUAUGUAAAAAACUCGAUGAGGAUAGAUUGGCACAAACUAUGAAUUUACUAGAUGAUAUUUAUGUAAUUGGACUUACUACUACUGGAGCAGUAAAAAACAAAGAUUUAUUAGAACGUUUAAAACCUCCAAUUGUUAUUGUGGAAGAUGCAACAGAAACAUUAGAACCAUUCAUUGUUGCAUCAUUGACUGAGCAUUGUCAACAUUUGAUUCUAAUUGGAGAUCAUAAAGUAGAGCGUCCAAAGGCAUCRUCAUACACUUUGGCAAAAACUUACAAUUUCAAUCAGACACUUAUGGAACGAACUAUAAACAAUGGCUUACCUUUAAAUCGACUUGUUAAACAAUUCAGAAUGCGACCAGAAAUAAUGUCACUAGUCUUGCCAUCUAUUACWGAUCAAUUAGAGAGUAGUGAACAUACGCUUAAUUUACCAAAUAUUAUUGGAAUAACACAGAAUGUGUACUUCAUUGAUCAUAAUAUUACAGAGGAUAAAAGUCACAUAAAUUUACAUGAAGUUAAAUUUGCAAUUGGACUUGCUCGUUAUCUUUGCUUACAAAAUUAUAAACCUGAAGAAAUAAUGAUUUUAACAACACAUAAAGAUCAAGUCUCUGAAUUUGUUAAGUUUAAAGAAGAAUCUYUACUUAUUAAAAAUAUAAAUAUAUCAUCUGUGGAUAACUGCUCAUUAAAUGAAUGUGAAAUUGUAAUACUAUCCACUAUUCAUAGUACUAAAGGAGAUACAGGAUUUUGGAAACAUGAAAAUCGGAUAUGUGUGGCUUUAACAAGAGCAAAAUCUGGAUUAUACAUUAUUGGAAACAUAAGCAAUCUUAUAAGCCAAUGUGAACUAUGGAAAAGUGUAAAGAGUUCUCUUCAAAGUCUAUGCUCCCUUGGAAGUGAAUUAACUCUAGAGUGCUCCAUACAUAAAGGAACAUUAUCAAAAGUUUCUAAAUCUGAAGAUUUCGUAAAUCGAAAAUGUCCUCGUCCUUGUCUCCAGCAAUUAAAAUGCAAUCAUUAUUGUCAAAGUAUUUGCCAUACACGUGAUCGUGAACAUAUGUUUAUGUUUAAAUGUAGAAAUAUAAACUGCAGAUCAUCUAAAUCUUUAAUCCGCUACCCAUUAAGAGACAUAUUUCUGCUAUUUUGGGAGUAUAGCAAAAACAUUAUUUAUGAAGUAAUUAGUCAACCAAUUUGAUAUUUUUUAACUAUUGAAUUUAAAUUAUGCUAGAUUCUUAGUAAAAUAUUUUUAAUCUAACUGAGUAAAAUUCAAGUUUUUCUUUUACCAUGUGAUACCUAAUAAAUAUAACCUAGUCAUGCAUUGUAUAAGUAUAAAUGUAUAAGAUAUUGUCUGUAUUA